AUGUCCAAGGCCGCCGUUGGUACCAAGUUCCGCAUGACCCUGGCUCUGCCAGUCGGCGCCGUCAUGAACUGCGCCGACAACUCUGGCGCCAAGAACCUCUUCGUCAUUGCCGUCCACGGCAUCGGUGCCCGUCUUAACCGUCUCCCCGCCGCCGCCGCCGGUGACAUGGUCGUCGCUUCCGUCAAGAAGGGUAAGCCCGAGCUCCGUAAGAAGGGAAGCCUCUCAGGGGACCCCACUAGAGGAUUUGGAUUGCAGGAGGAAGAGCAUCUCGUCGUAGGAGAGGACAUUGUCAUGCCCGCCGUUGUCGUCCGCCAGCGCAAGCCCUGGAGGCGUCGUGACGGUGUCUUCCUCUACUUCGAGGACAACGCCGGUGUUAUCGUCAACCCCAAGGGUGAGAUGAAGGGUUCGGCCAUCACUGGCCCCGUUGCCAAGGAGUGCGCCGACAUCUGGCCACGAAUUGCCUCCAACGCCGGUACCGUCGUCUAA